AUGGCAAAUACGAGUUUGUAUUGCACAAGAGAGGAGAUCGAAGCAAACUCUCCAUCGAGAGUCGACGGUAUCGACAUAAAGCAAGAGACUUUUCAUCGUUGGUCUUACUCAACAUUCCUCCAAGAGCUUGGCCAGAGACUAAAAGUUCCUCAGAAAACAAUAGCGACAUCGAUCGUCUUAUGCCAACGCUUCUUCACUCGCCAAUCACUCGCGAAGAACGACGCGAAAACGAUCAGCAUGAUCUGUUUGUUCAUCGCCGGAAAACUCGAAGGGUCGCCGAAGCAGGCGGGUGAAGUCAUCGCCGUCGGUUACAGGAUUUUACACAACAAGGAGCCAUCGAGAGAAGCGUACGAGAAAAUCAAGGGGAAUGUGUUCACCGGCGAGAAGCUCGUGCUCUCUACGUUAGGGUUUGAUCUCGAGAUCGAGCAUCCUUAUGAAAUAAUGUUUGAUUGGGUUAAGAGAACGGUUAAGGUCGAGAGGGACGCUAACAGAUUGUAUCAGGCUGCGUUGAAUUUCGUCAACGACGGUUUAAGAACGUCGCUGUGUUUACAGUUUAAGCCGAAUCAGAUCGCUGCGGCUGCUCUAUAUCUCGGUUCGAGCUUUGUUAAAGUGAAGUUGCCGUGUGAUGGUGAGAAAGUGUGGUGGCAAGAGUUCGACGUCACGAAACGUCACUUAGGGGAAAUUAGUGACCAGACGCUUGCUGUUUAUGAGCAAGACUUCUUGGUUAAUGUUAAAGAUGGUGCAGAUUCCAAGACUGGUGAUGGUGGCUUAUGGAAAGGUGAGGUAAAGCUGAGCAAGGAUGAUGAGAGUAAAUCUUGGCAGGGUCUUGAAGGUUAUCAAGAUCGUAAGGGAAGUUUCAUGAAUGGAUCUGAUAAGUCUAGACAUGUUGCUAAUAUACUUGGUUAUGUACCUUUUGAGUCAUUGUAA